AUGGCGGAUGAAAACCCUAACCCCAAACCCGAGCGGCAGCUUCUCUACCAUGUCCGGUUUACUCCUCGCAACGGAACCGGUGUUAUCGUUAUUUGCCCAACAAGAGAGCUAGCCAUUCAGUCAUAUGGAGUGGCGAAAGAACUUCUAUAUCAUUCGCAGACUGUGGGAAAGGUUAUUGGCGGCGAGAACAGAAAGAAAGAAGCUGAAAUUCUUGUGAAAGGUGUUAAUUUGUUAGUAGCAACCCCUGGAAGACUUCUCGACCACCUUGAAAAUACAAAUGGAUUUGUGUUCAAGAACUUGAAGUUUCUUGUGAUGGAUGAGGCUGAUAGGAUACUGGAACAAAACUUCGAAGAAGACAUGAAGAUGAUCAUUAAGCUGCUACCAAAGACAAGGCAGACGUUGUUGUUUACCGCCACACAGACUUCCAAGGUUGAGGAUCUUGCUCGGGUGUCACUUUCGUCACCUGUUUAUAUUGUUGUCGAUGAAGGACGAAAAGAGGUUAGAAAUGAAGACUUGGAGCAAAGUUAUUUCGUUGUGCCAAGUGCGAAGCGUUUAGUUUUCUUACUUAUCUUCUUGAAGAGAUUUCACGGGAAAAAGAAAAUCAUGGUGUUUUUCUCGACGUGCAAAUCCAGCAAGUUUCACGCCGAACUCUUUCGAUACAUCAAAAUAGAUUGCCUUGAAAUUCGAAGAGGGAUAGAUCAGAGCAAAAAGACUUCAACAUUUUUCCAGUUCAUAAAGGUUGAAACUGGUGUCUUGUUGUGUACUAAUGUCGCUGCCCGUGGUUUAAGUAGAUCAAGCCAAAAGACAAUGUAUAAAUGA